AGACACAGACAGAGUAUACCUCCUGCUUCUCCUGCCUGGGAUUUCUGCGGGAAGCAGCUCUGGUCUUCUGCUCUCUACCUUGUUUCCUUCGUUACUUCAACUGCUGGUAGACCCAGAAAAGUGGGAAAAGUUUCUGUCUUUGUGAUCUCCUGAGCUGGAUCAUUUCUACUCCCGUGGCAGUGCUGUGGGACAGGCUACUGUGAUCUUGCAGUGUAAAGGAUAUAUUCCCAGGUCCGUGUUGCUGACAGGCAGGGAUGAGGUCCCGAAACCAAGGUGGAGAAAGCUCGUCUAACGGGCACUUCUCCAGUUCCAAGCCUGUCAUCAGCCACACAGAGAAUGAAAAACUUCAGGAGGAUGCCAAGAAAAAGAACAAACCUCAACGGAAGGAAGAUGAGGUCAUGGUUUCAGCAACUGUCAAACGGCACUCAAAAUCACCCGGUCCUAGCGAGAGAAAGAACAAGAAGUCCAUAGAGCUUUCUAAAGAAGACUUGAUAAAACUACUCAGUAUAAUGGAAGGAGAAUUGCAGGCAAGGGAGGAUGUGAUCCACAUGCUGAAGACAGAGAAAACCAAACCUGAAGUUUUAGAAGCUCAUUAUGGGUCUGCAACUCCAGAGCACGUGCUUCGAGUGCUGCACAGGGAUGCCAUCCUCGCCCAAGAAAAGUCUGUAGGGGAAGAUGUCUACGAGAAACCAAUUUCAGAGCUGGACAGACUUGAAGAAAAGCAGAAGGAGACGUACCGGCGCAUGCUGGAGCAGCUCCUGCUGGCAGAGAAGUGCCAUCGUCGCACCGUCUACGAGCUGGAGAACGAGAAACACAAACACACAGAUUACAUGAACAAGAGCGAUGACUUCACCAACCUCUUGGAACAGGAGCGGGAGAGGUUGAAGAAACUUCUUGAGCAGGAGAAGAUCUAUCAAGCCCGGAAGGAGAAGGAGCAUACAAAGAGAAUCAAUAAACUAAGAGAAGAACUAGUCAAGCUCAAAUCAUUUGCACUCAUGCUGGUGGAUGAAAGACAAAUGCAUAUUGAACAACUUGGUCAACAAAGCCAGAAAAUACAGGACUUAACCCAAAAACUAAAGGAGGAAGAAGAAAAGCUUAAAAUUAUUACUGCAAAAACAAAAGAAGAUGGACAAAAACUGAUGAAAUUAGAGGCAGAACUUGAACACAAAACAUCAUCAUUUUGUCAAGAACAUGAGGAGAUGACUGCUAAACUGGCUAAUCAAGAGUCACAUAAUAGACAGCUAAGGCUCAAGCUAGUGGGGUUGACUCGCAGAAUAGAGGAGCUAGAAGAAACUAACAAAAAUCUUCAAAAAACUGAGGAGGAACUUCAAGAAUUAAGAGAUAAAAUAGCAAAAGGGGAAUGUGGGAACUCUAGCUUAAUGGCAGAAGUGGAAAACCUCCGCAAGCGCGUGCUUGAAAUGGAGGGGAAAGAUGAAGAGAUCACAAAAACCGAAUCCCAGUGCAAAGAGCUGAAAAACAAACUGCAGGAGGAAGAGCAUCAUAGCAAAGAGUUGAAACUUGAAGUGGAAAAACUGCAGAAAAGAAUGUCAGAAUUAGAGAAGCUGGAAGAGGCUUUCAGUAAAAGUAAGUCAGAAUGCACUCAGCUACACUUAAACUUGGAGAGAGAAAAAAAUUUGACUAAGGAUUUGAUAAAUGAGUUGGAAGUGGUGAAGACUCGAGUGAAGGACCUUGAGACAUCUGAAAGCAAGUUGGAAAAGGCUGAAAUAAGCUUAAAAGAUGACCUUACAAAGCUGAAGUCGUUUACUGUAAUGUUGGUUGAUGAGCGAAAAAAUAUGAUGGAAAAAAUAAAACAGGAGGAAAAAAAGGUUGAGGGUCUAAACAAGAACUUUAAAGUUGAACAAGGGAAAGUUAUGGAUGUAACAGAGAAAUUGAUAGAAGAAAGUAAGAAAUUUUUGAAACUGAAAUCUGAAAUGGAGGAAAAAGUAUCUAGUUUGACAAAGGAAAGGGAUGAGUUAAUUGGCAAACUGAGAAGUGAAGAAGAAAAAUCAUCUGAAUUAAGCUGUAGAGUUGACCUGUUAAAGAAAAGAAUUGAUGGUAUGGAGGAAGUAGAAAGAGAAAUUACAAGAGGUCGAACUAGGAAAGGAGCAGAGCAUGUUUGUCAUGAGGACAACAAGAUUAAGGAACUUACCAUUGAAAUCGAAAGAUUGAAAAAACGUCUCAAACAACUGGAAGUGGUUGAAGGAGAUUUGAUGAAGACUGAAGAUGAGUAUGAUCAGCUAGAGCAGAAAUUUAGGACUGAGCAGGAUAAAGCUAAUUUUCUUUCUCAACAGUUGGAGGAGAUGAAACUCCAAAUUGCCAAAACGAAAGCAAUAGAAAAAGGUGAGGUGGUGAGCCAGGAGGCAGAGCUGAGGCACAGGUUUCGUCUGGAAGAGGCCAAAAGCAGAGAUUUGAAAGCAGAAGUUCAAGCACUUAAGGAAAAAAUCCAUGAGCUCAUGAACAAAGAAGACCAGCUUUCUCAGCUCCAAGUCGAUUAUUCAGUUCUACAGCAAAGGUUUAUGGAAGAGGAAAACAAAAACAAGAGCAUGGGGCAGGAAGUUUUGAACCUGACAAGAGAGCUGGAGCUUUCUAAGCGUUACAGCCGUGCUCUGAGGCCCAGCAUGAACGGGAGAAGAAUGGUUGAUGUUCCCCUGACAUCCACCGGCGUGCAGACAGAUGCUCUCAGCAAUGAAGCAGCAGAAGAAGAAACUCCAGCAGUGUUUAUAAGGAAAUCCUUCCAGGAGGAGAAUCAUAUCAUGAGCAAUCUACGGCAGGUGGGUCUGAAAAAACCCAUGGAGCGUUCUUCAGUGCUUGAGAGAUAUCCUCCAGCAGCAAAUGAGCUUGCUAUGAGGAAAUCCUGGAUACCAUGGAUGAAAAAGAGGGAAACUGGGGCCCAGACAACUCCUGAUAAAGGAGCCCGAAGCCACAGUAGUCCAGCACAUCCUGGGGAGGUUGUCCUUUCACCAAAGCAGGGUCAACCUCUUCAUAUUCGGGUGACACCAGACCAUGAGAACAGUACAGCAACUUUGGAGAUAACCAGUCCAUCCGCAGAGGAAUUUUUUUCAAGUACCACUGUCAUUCCUACUUUGGGAAAUCAGAAGCCACGAAUAACCAUCAUUCCCUCUCCCAAUGUUAUGCCACAAAAAGGAAAAGGCAGUGAAAGUCCCAUGGGCCCAGAUCGUUCCAUGUCUCCAGUCACUAUAACAACAUUCUCCAGGGAAAAGUCCCCAGAGGGAGGGAGAGCACCCUUCGCUGACAGACCUGCAUCGCCAAUUCAGAUCAUGACGGUGUCGACAUCUGCGGCGCCGGCGGAAAUCUCCGUCUCUCCACAGUCACAAGACAUGACCAUGGGCAGGGCUGUCUUCAAAGUCACGCCAGAAAAGCAAACCGUCCCGACUCCAAUCCGCAAGUACAACGCCAAUGCCAACAUUAUCACAACAGAGGACAACAAAAUCCACAUCCACUUGGGCUCCCAGUUUAAGCGUUCUCCCGGUGCCGUGCCUGACGGCGCGAGCCCUGUGAUAACAGUCCGGCCGGUGAACAUCGCGGCAGAGAAGGAGGUGGUGACUGGUACUGUCCUUCGAUCGCCUCGGAACAACCUGUCCCCACGACCUGCAGCCAGCAAGGUGACGAGCACUAUCACCAUCACACCUGUUACAACAUCUUCCACACGAGGAACACAAUCAGUGACAGGACAGGAUGGGUCAUCCCUGAGACCUACACCCACCCGCAUUCCUGUGUCAAAAGAGAGUGUCAUCAUUCACCAGUUACGCGUGAACUCUAGAUGAGUUACCGCCCGUAGAGCUCUCUGUGUGCACUACCCUCCAUGCCUGUGGAUGGAUCACUGCAGAAGCUCUCUGCCAUCAACACCAUGGUCACUUGUGCUACUGAUUACUUAUGGAAGUGUUAGGCUUCCAUUAGGUUUUAUAUUUUUUUUUUCUUGGUAGAGCUUUAAAAACCAAUGGCCUUGCUGGUAUUUUAAAAGUAUCUAAUCAGAGAGAGAGCAGCAGUCUUUCUGCCAGCUGAAUUUCACUCUCAAUUGCAAAGCCUAAGGCACGUGCUUGAUUUUGUUUGAUAUUUGCCAUAUAAUUUAUUUUUAUAAUACACUUUGUAAAGUAGCUGUGCCAAAGUUGCAAUUCCUGUUGCUUAUGACACAUUUAUUUGUAGAAUACACUGUCAAAUUUGCAAUUUGA